GCUUUUUAUGUAACAUUUUGUGAUUUUAAUAGGUGAAGCAGAGAGUUGAUUUCAUUUAAAACAUGUGUGAUAAAAAAACUUUAAUGACUGAUGCGGAAAGACAUGCAAUGAUUGAAAAUCUAAACAAAGAGACAGAAAAAUAUAUUGCGGGUUUAAAAGAAAAAAAUAAAGAUUAUAAAUAUGUUGAUGACACCGAUGUUUUAUCAUAUCACCCCGCUUUUAUUAAUGAACAACCAACUCAAGAAGAAAUCGAUAAUAAUCCAUUACUAAGCGGUUUGCAGCAAAUAAAGUAUGACCUAAAUGAUACACCCUAUGAAAAAGCUAUGACAUUAAAAGAAGAUGGAAACUUUCAGUUUAAGUUUAAAAAGUACAAGUUUGCUUGCGCUGCUUACACUGAAGCCAUAAAGACAAAAUGUGACAACAAAGAACUAAUGAACAUCCUGUUUACAAAUAGGGCUGCUGCCAACUAUCAUCUUCAAAAUUAUAGAUCUGCAUUACUUGAUGCAACUGAAGCAGUAAAAUUGAAUCCCAAGCGCAUUAAAUCAUUACUGAGGUGUGCACAGUGUUGCGAGGCAGUUAAACGAUACCACGAUGCAGUUAAGUGGUGUCAAGUUAUUUUAAGUUUGGAAGAUGACCAUAAAACUGCCAUUAAAAUCCUAAAUGAUUCAUUACGACAUAUUAAAGUUCAGGAAAGGGAUCAAAGAAAAAUUGCCCUGGCCAAGGAGAAAAAAAUAAAAGAAAAUGCUACCCUUUUAGCAGCAAUAAAAUCAAGAAAUGUGUAUUUGGAAAAGGUCAUAGAAAAUUCUAGUGAAGAUGAAAAUGAUGAAUUGCACAAAGAUAAUCUUAUGCUGUCUAGUUUGGAAGUUAGUGGACCAAACAUUAAAAGUAAAGUGCAUUUAAAUGAAACCGGAAACCUGGUGUGGCCAGUUCUGUUCGUAUACCCAGAGUAUGAAACCACUGAUUUUAUUGAAGCUUUUGAUGAACAAACUAUGUUUUUGGAUCAUAUGUCAGUGAUGUUUGAAGACAAAGUUAACUGGGACAAAUUUAACCACUACACUCUUCCCAACCUUGAGGUGUUUUUUGAGGAUUCUGCAAGUGUUUUGCAUAAAGUUUCAACAGAGAGUACUUUGCUAGCUGCAAUCACAAGACCUGGAUAUAUUGUAAAGGCAGGAACACCUUCAUUUAUAGUUUUAUCACGGGCAUCCCAGUUUUACCAACAGUUUUUAGCGAAGUAUAAAUUUUGUUAGGAUUUCGACCAUGUUGUUAAAGUUGAAUGGUGGAAUAUUACUUUUGUAAUUGGUCAUGCAAACCUUUGGUAGUUCAACAAUUAUUUAUGUUGUCAUUUGUAAAACUGUUUGCAAAAUAAGAAUCGUUGAUAACUUAAUAUUAUUACCGGACACCAGUACCACAUGCCAUAUGCGAUAUUGUAUAUAGUCAAGUGGGGUAAUAAAAGACAAAAUUCACAAAAAAAAGAUUAUUAUUUCCCAAGUAAUGCAUUAAAGUGUCUUUUUUUAGUCUGGAAGAUCAAU